AUGUCUGAGGUCGCCUUUGCCCAAACGUUUCUUGGGUCGCUUGAGUCGCGACCCAUCAGACUCUCUGCCGACCAUGUUGAGGAUCCUAAGUCUUUCCCGGCUCGACCACCCUACAUCAUUCCUCGCAUGUCCAAGGCCAUGAGCAAGCCCAACGGUCUCGCUCCCGGUUCCGAACGAAGCAUCACCGUGUCUCUCAAGUCCCUGCGUAACCCUCCUUUGAGCAUCAAGCUCACAUCCCAGCCCCUCGACACCUCGAUCCUGGAUAUCAAGAGCAACAUUGAGAAGCAGACGAGGAUACCUGUCGCUAAGACUAAGCUGUUGCACAACAAGAAGCCUAUCCCGGAUAGCAAGAUUCUCAAGGACCUAUUGGGAGAGACUGAUAUGUCUAUUGAAUUUACGGUUAUGGUAAUUGGAGGCGCCGCUGCUAUUCCACCUGAGGAGCCUGAGGCCACCCCUGCGGCCCAACCCACUGGCGCACAUGCUCUGGAGACAGACGCAUUUUGGAGUGACCUUAAGGGAUUCCUAAUGCAGCGCCUAAAAGAUGAGGCUGAGGCGGAGCAUCUUUCAGGCCUCUUUAAAUCAAGUUGGGAGUCGAGUCAGGCGAAGCCAUAA